AUGAGCGUCACACGACCGGCUAGAUGCCUCUUCUGCACCUUUUCGAAGCCAAACCUCGUUCGAUACCCUCGCCGACAGUUCCACACCACUCCAAUACCGUGUGCUCCUCGGAAACCUAAGCAUCAAAAUGUCAAGGCCUCAGAUGUCGAAGGCUGGCUGAAGGAAAACGUGCCGAAGCGAGAGGCGUAUACCGAUAUCGACAAGGUCAAUAUGAAAGAGGAAUACUCUGCAGAACAAAUCAAGGCAAUUGAGGCUGGAGAGAAAGCAAUUCCUGAUGAGGACAUGGAAAAACAAUCUCAAUUGCGAGAUGAUCCAUGGGCACUCAAGUAUAUCGACGAUUUUUCCACCAUCGAGCCUGUCGUCGACCACCACAUCCGCGCUCCCAUUACAAACUCCGACCCCAAUUCCCGCCUAAAAACUGACGAUGAAAUAACCGAGGAUGUGGCCAACUUUGUAUCGGACCUGCCAGACGAACCUCUUACAGGGCCGGAAUGGCUGAAGUUUAUGGACAACAUGCGGAUGACAGUCGGCAAGGAGGAGGCUGAGCUUAACCCAAACAGCUCUCUCGUACCCGACGUUUUUGAACUCGGCGAAAAUUUUAACAACAUAGGCCGCCAUAAAGCUCAGCUAAUCACCGAAUUCAAGACCCCGGAGCCGGAAAUCCCAGAAUUGACGAAAAAGUUGAUGGUAUUAACUGGCUAUUCUGAACAACACAUCAGGCGAUUACGCACCAAGGUCCUUGUAUGCCACGACGUCGUGAACCAAACUCGCCUUGGAAAAAUUCGCAAAACCUACGUUCUUGUUGUCGCAGGCAAUGGCGACGGUCUUCUUGGAAUUGGUGAAGGAAAGGCAGACGAAAUAGAUGAGGCCAGAGUUCAGGCUGAAUUCCGAGCUAUGCGCAACAUGCAGCCAAUCCGUAGAUAUGAGAACCGAACGAUAUUUGGAGAUGUAAAGGCGAAAGUGGCAGGGACGGAGUUGGUACUGAUGAACCGACCACCAGGCUUUGGUCUUCGCUGCUCGCAACGUAUCUGGGAAAUGUGCCAGGUAGCUGGAAUCAAGGACAUAGCAGCCCGUGUUUCUCGUUCUCGAAACCCAAUGAACACAGCGAAGGCGGCUUACAAGGCAUUGAUGAACCAAAAGGAUCCCGAGGAAGUUGCCCGUGCCCGGGGCAAGAAGCUAGUCGACGUAAGAAAGGUGUACUACGCCGGAAACGUCUGA